GCACCCGUGUGAGAGAUGCUGGUGAAUAAAACAAGCGUUCCCAUAGAGCAGAACUCAACGUAGUGACGUAACCUCUUUAUGUUAGCAAAUCACGGUGUACGUUGGGCGGGCAUUGUGAAGCUAUAGUUUAGUGUUAGCAGGCUAACUAGAGAAAGAAAGCUAACUAACCGUGUGAGUGGAAGUGGAGCUAACGUGAAAGGAGUAGUCAACUGUCAUAACAGCAGAGGGAACAGACAUUUUAGUCUAGCGAUAUUGAUGUUGGAUGACUCCAUAAACAAAUGUGUAGCUCGUUCAUGUAAGAGUGUGUUUGCCAGAUGCCCGAGGAGCAUUUUUGGAUACUACUUCGAUUGUCCCAUUUCCAAACGGAAAGCAUUUCUGGACGGACAGUUCGUGCUAGCUAGCUAAGUGAAUCAUCCAGGAGACCUUUCAUUGUCACCCCAACACACAAAAAACUGAAUGUUUUGUCUGACAUGAGUCCGGCCGGGUGCUCCCAUGUGAACGGUUAUAAGGUGGACAAUUGGAAACAAAAUCUUCGAGUCAUAUACCAAUGCUUUGUUUGGAGUGGUACUGCUGAGACCAGAAGACGCAAGGUGCGUCAGAGUGAUGCAGGAUGGACAGAGCUGGCCAAGUCGUGUGUCUGUCACAUGUGUGGUGCCCACCUAAAUCGACUUCACUCCUGCCUCUACUGUGUCUUUUUUGGUUGUUUUACGAAGAAACACAUCCACGAACACGCAAAGAACAAGAGACACAAUCUAGCAAUAGACCUAUUAUAUGGUGGAAUAUAUUGUUUUGUGUGUCAAGACUAUAUAUACGACAAAGACAUGGAGCAGAUUGCCAAAGAGGAGCAGAGGAAAGCCUGGAAAUUGCAAGGCAUUGGGGAGAAAUACACAACAUGGGAGCCAACCAAGAGGGAGCUAGAGCUAUUAAGACACAAUCCAAAGCGAAGGAAAAUCACUACAAACUGUACAAUAGGUUUACGAGGUUUAAUAAACCUCGGCAACACAUGUUUCAUGAACUGUAUAGUUCAGGCCCUCACACACACACCACUGCUGCGGGACUUCUUUCUGUCGGACAGACACAAGUGUGAGAUGCAAUCAAACUCCUGUCUGGUGUGUGAGAUGUCUCAGCUCUUUCAGGAGUUCUACUCGGGCCAUCGUUCGCCCCACAUUCCCUUCCGGCUGCUGCACCUGGUGUGGACUCACGCACGUCACCUCGCAGGCUACGAGCAGCAAGAUGCCCACGAGUUCCUCAUCGCAGCGCUAGAUGUACUACACAGGCACUGCAAAGGGGACACCAUCAGAGACGACAAUGGUAAAAAGGCCAACAAUCCAAACCACUGUAACUGCAUCAUUGACCAAAUCUUCACAGGUGGACUGCAAUCAGAUGUUACCUGUCAGGUUUGCCACGGUGUCUCCACGACGAUAGAUCCCUUCUGGGACAUUAGUCUGGACCUGCCGGGCUCAUCUACACCUUUUUGGCCUCUUAGUCCGGGAGGGGACGGCAGCACGGUCAACGGAGAGAGUCACCUGUCUGGAUCCACCACACUCACAGACUGCUUACGGAGGUUUACACGGCCGGAGCAUUUAGGAAGCAGUGCCAAAAUCAAGUGCGGCGGUUGCCAUAGUUACCAGGAAUCCACCAAACAGCUGACAAUGAAGAAGCUCCCCAUCGUAGCAUGUUUCCACCUUAAACGGUUUGAGCACUCGGCUAAACUGCGGCGUAAGAUCACUACAUAUGUUUCCUUCCCUCUAGAGUUGGACAUGACACCAUUCAUGGCAUCGAGCAAAGAGAGCAGAAUGAACGGCCAGUAUCAACAGACGGUUGAUGUAAUAAACAACGAUAAUAAGUAUUCUUUGUUUGCGGUGGUGAACCACCAAGGCACAUUAGAGAGUGGUCACUACACCAGCUUCAUCCGCCAGCACAAAGACCAAUGGUUUAAAUGUGACGACGCCAUAAUCACUAAGGCCAGCAUUAAAGAUGUACUAGACAGUGAAGGGUAUCUCUUAUUUUACCAUAAACAGUUCCUGGAGUAUGAGUAGUCUUUGUGACCAUUAUCUAUAAAGAACCACUGCUUCUGACCAGGAGAGCCAAGGGACUGAAGGGCAGAAUCAAACACAACUACACAAACCUACCUGAAACUCUUUUGACUGCCAUUCUGACUGUCAGACAUGGUGGACAAAAACAAAAUAUGAAAAAAAAAAGACGUGUGAAAUCAUGCAAGCUUUCAAAAGAAAAGAACAAACAAGCACUGAGCUACUUCUUGGCAUCCACUUGACAAAACUGAAUGGAGAAGAGAGGAGAGAAGAAGGGCGACCUGGUAGCCUCAGCCUCUCAGCCUCUGUCUGCCCUUUCUGCUGCUGGGGGAGAAUCUGUGCGUCAACUAACGUGACAGUCAGUCAAUCGGGACACUCAUCGGGAUUGAUGUCAACAGUAUUCUGACCCAACGCCCGAUCACACGUACCACACAAACCUUCCAUCUCUCUCCCAUGGUGCUCUCGUCUCCACCGACCAAGCAUUUAACCGCAGUCAUGAUGGAGGACACGUCGUCAUAUGCACUUGGGACUAAACGCCUAGGAAAAAAAUAAUAAAAUCAAGGUAUUAUAAACUGUGCAAGAACAAUUUUAAAGUUAUGGUUAAUAUUCCUAUCAUUUGUGAAUUUAGUUAUGAAAUACUGUAUAAAUCUAGUACACAUCUAUUUUUAAGAGCAAAGAAAUCAUGGGAGAGAUGAGAGAGAGAAAACGCUGCCUUUGCCAGUUGCUAGGAAAAGCGCUGCCAUGGAAACUAACAGAUUUGGACCUGUGUGUGCUCAUGUUCCAUUAUUUACUGUGUUGAUUGUUUUAUUUUUACGUCUGGUUGAGGGCAGGGAAUAUCUAUUUUUUUAGCGACUCAUUGAAUUUUGAGAUUUUUUUGUUUACUGUUCUUUUCACUGUUUUCUUAUUUUUAUUUUUGUUUAUUUUUCAGUACAGUCGUAUGUUCCUCGCUGUCUUGGUACUGGAAAUGUUUUUGGACGUAUUAUACUUUCAUUCUUGUGGAAUUGUUGGUAUAAUGAUGAUGAUGAUGGUGAUUAAAUUGGCUCGUCCUUGCUGUUGAUGAAUUGUACGUUGAACGUGAGCUUUGGGUUUCAGACAUACGCAUAACCGCUGUCAUUAAUGUGGGAGAACCAGUCAUGAUGGAACCAACAUCCAUCUGUGCAGCACUGCAUGUGACCGGCCUUAUAUGAAUAUGUGGAGAAUUGCCCCUCAGUAAUGCUUCGAGGCCCCGUUCCCCGUCAUGAUAGCUGCUCUGUCGUUUGCAGCAGGUGGACACGGGCCCCUGAGAUUAUGUAGGAUAAAACACAUUGCACGUAUAUUAUGGGCAUUGUGUUCCCACAGCGUGGCUCUGAAUCAAUCAGUGUUAAUCCUCUCCAUGGCAACCGUGUGGCUGGUGUAGUGUGUGUGUGUGCGCGUGUGUGCGUGUGUGUGUGUCGCGCCUCUGCAGUGCAGUAAACCCAGCGCUCUAUUCAAUCGGUAUGCUGUCAGGUCGAGACUUAAGACAACGCACGUGAACAUCAGGGUCUUGUGGUGUGUUUUGUUUGAUUGUGUAUGUGCAAAAAAAAAAAAAAAAAAAA